UUUUCUUUUUUUUUUCAUUUAGGAGAAGUAAACAUACAGUUAUAGCAUACAAAGAUGCAGUUUUUGUUUUCGGUGGAGAUAAUGGGAAACAUAUGUUAAAUGAUUUAUUAAGAUUUGAUGUAAAAGACAAUUCUUGGGGGCGGGCAUUCACCACAGGGGUUCCACCAGCUCCUCGAUAUCAUCACUCAGCAGUUAUUCAUGAAAACAGCAUGUUUGUAUUUGGUGGUUAUACUGGUGAUAUACAUUCAAAUUCAAAUUUGACAAAUAAAAAUGAUUUAUUUGAAUACAAAUUUACUUCUGGCCAAUGGGUUGAAUGGAAGUUUGAAGGAAAGCGUCCAGUUCCUAGAUCUGCACAUGGAGCUGCAGUGUAUGAUGGAAAACUAUGGAUAUUUGCUGGCUAUGAUGGAAAUGCUAGAUUAAAUGAUAUGUGGACGAUAUCUUUACUUGGUGAUUCAAAAGUCUGGGAAGAAGUUCCUCAGUCUGGUGACUGUCCUCCAACUUGUUGCAAUUUUCCAGUAGCUGUUGCCAGAGAUAGUAUGUUUGUAUUUUCAGGGCAAAGUGGUGCAAAAAUUACGAAUAGUCUCUUUCAGUUUCAUUUUAAAGAGCGAUACUGGACUAGGAUCUCAACAGAACACAUAUUACGUGGAGCACCUCCUCCACCUACAAGACGAUACGGCCACACUAUGGUAGCGUUUGAUCGUCAUUUAUAUGUCUUUGGAGGAGCUGCAGACAGUACUUUGCCUAAUGAUUUACACUGUUUUGAUUUGGAUUCUCAGACAUGGUCAGUUAUACAACCAUCUGCUGAUAGUGAGAUACCAUCUGGCCGAUUGUUUCAUGCUGCUGCUGUUAUAGGAGAUGCCAUGUAUAUAUUUGGGGGAACUAUUGAUAACAAUGUGCGCAGUGGUGAAAUUUAUAGAUUUCAGUUUUCAUGCUAUCCUAAGUGUACUCUGCAUGAAGAUUUUGGCAGACUUUUGGAAAGUCAGCAAUUUUGUGAUGUUGAAUUUCUUGUUGGGAUGGAAGAAAAGUCUAUUCCAGCACAUAUUGCUUUUGUAUCCGCUAGAUCCCAAUGGCUGCGUAGCAAAAUUAGGCAUUCUAGAGAAAAACAAAGAGAGAAGCUUCUGCAAAAUAAUUCUGAAAGAGAGAAAAAUUAUGUUCCUGUUUUGCAAGUCAAAUUGAAGGAUGCAGUACCUGAGGCUUUUGAACUUGUGCUAACCUACAUCUAUACUGAUCGAAUUGAUCCUACUAAGAAAAGUGCUGAUCCAAUGAGUACUAAGGUUGUUUUACUUAUGAUGGAUGUAUACAGACUUGCUGUGCAAUUUCAUAUGCGACGACUUGAACAACUUUGUGUGCAAUAUCUAGAAGCGGCUAUUAAUCAUAGGAACGUUUUAGUUGCAUUACAGAAUGCUUCAGAUUUAAAACUUGAUUUCAUAAAGGAAUUCUGCUUGAAGUUCAUUGUUAAAGAAAAUAACUAUAACAAGAUUGUUAUGAGUAAAGAGUUUGAAACUAUAGCACAGCCAUUAAUGGUCGAAAUUAUCAGGCGGCGACAAAUGCCAGCUGUACGAUCUCUGCUGGAACCACAUUUUGAUUCUGCUGGAACAACAUUAGAGCAAGAUAUGGAGCAAUAUUUAAUGUCUACUGGAAAAGAAUUCUGUGAUAUCAUCCUAAUGCUUGAUAAUCAUCCAAUUCCAGCUCACAAAGCUAUUUUAGCUGGUCGUUGUAGUUACUUUGAAGCAAUGUUUCGUUCCUUCAUGCCAGAUAAUAAUAUGGUCACUAUAACUAUCGGAGAAACGAUUCCUUCCCUCCAGUCUUUCAGUACACUGCUACGCUAUAUUUACUAUGGAGAAGUUAACAUGCCUCCAGAAGACUCUCUAUAUUUAUUUUCAGCACCUUAUUUUUAUGGUUUUACAAAUAACAGAUUGCAGGCAUUUUGCAAACAAAAUCUAGAAAUGAAUGUAACCUUUGAAAAUGUAAUACAGAUUUUAGAAGCUGCUGAUAAAAUACAAGCUUUUGAUAUGAAGAAGCAUGCACUGAAUAUGAUAGUUCAUCAUUUUUCUAAGGUUGCAAGGCUUCCUCGCUUUCGUUUGCUCAGCAGGCCUCUCCUUUUGGAUAUAUUGGAUUCUUUGGCUGAUGAAAUGAGUGAUUCUAAACUCUGUCAAGAUAUGUCAUCUAUAAGUUUAUGUGCUGAUGGAGUGUAAAAAUUAAUAGGUUUCAAAAGAAUAAUAAUUGGUGAUAUUAUGAAUAAUAAAUAUUAAAAAUAUAGACAAAUGAGUAAGUUUUAUGCAAUAUGAAAAUAUUUGAAUGUAGAUCUGAAGGCUAAAUACAUUAUUUUCUAUUAUAAAUAUUUUAUCUCUUUAAUGCAUUAAUUAUAUGCAUUUUUAGCACCCUUUUUUUUUUCCUUGUUUUCAAUUUAUAAAGUGAAAAGGAGAAAUUUUCAAGCACACCUUUUAAAUAAUUUUUUUCCUUUUGCUUAUAAUAAAAAUUUAAAAUGAAAUAUAUAUUUUUAAUUGCAUAUUCGUGUGGCAGUUCUUUUGGUUGUGAAUUUUAUUUGAAAUAUAAACUUCCCUUUCUAGAGUUCCUUUGCAUUUUAUGCAUAACAGGAUAUUUAUUAAUUUUUUACUAGGAUAAUUAAAUUGUCUGGUAAUUCUCUAAAAAAUUAUAAUACUCAAUUUUUUGUAUACCUUGCAUAUUCCUUUGAAAAUAAAUUUUUUUUUAAAUUUAAACAAUUAAAAUUAAACAUUCUUUUUUGAGCAGAAUAGCCUGAAAAAUUUCUCCUGAGAAUAUCUUCUUAAAAAAUUAAUCCUCUUCUAUUCAUUUUUAUACCAUUAUCUUUUUAAAGAUUGUUAUUAUUUGAAUUUCUAUAACUGACUAUUAAUCUUUCAUUUUAGUGUAAAUUUAAUUUAUUCAUAUUGUUUAUACUAUUUAAGAGAGAAAGCAAAGUAUGCCUUCAUUAAUCACUUUUCAUUUUGCUCUUAAUUUUUAUUUCACAUUAGUGAAAUGUGUUUAAAUUUUGUCAAAUUUUUCAUUCAGUUGUCAUUGUAGUUUAUGUUUUGCACAAAAAAACUUUUUCAUAUUCUGAGUAAGAUAUUUAAAAAAAAAAUAAUUACAUCUCAUAUUUAAAUUUGUGUAUAUUUCUUUUUGUUUCAUUUUAUCUUCAUCUACUGUAGUUUAUGAAGUGUAAGAAUAUAUAAGGAGCCAAAUAUUGUACCAAAUAUUACAAUUUGUAGUACCAAAUAUUAUAGCAAGACCUUUUCCGUAUUAUCACCGUUUCCGUUCUUUUCCGUAAGGGGGGUUCUUCACAUUAUUUCAUCAUUGGUCAAGGAUGUUUAAAAAGCCUAUUGUAAGGUAUAAAAUAAAUUUAUAAAAAUUUAAAAAUUAUGGUAUGUCAUAAAUUGCAUAGCAUUGAUAAAUCAGCUGCAUUUAGUGGAAGGUCUGAAUACCACACUAACCAAUUAUUUGCCAAAUAUAACGGUUCCUAAAUUAUGCUACUGGAAAAUAAAACUCUAACCAGAUAAAUAGAAUGCAGAAUUUAACCUUGCAUUUUGAAAUAUAAGUUUGUAGUCACGUGAGUAAUUUUCUGAAAUCACAAAAAGUAUAUUUUAUUUUACUUAAAAUUACAUAGUUAAAAUAAUUUUAU